UCAUAACCUAAUUAACGUAGACGUUAAAACAAAUAAUAACCUAUGAAGGUGUCAAAUGAGACGGUGGAGAGAGUCGAACUCCGGCAACCGUUGGUGGACACGGAGAAGAAACCUCUAUUGGAGGUCGGGCUCGAAAGCGUGUUAACGGAUAGUAGCUUGCCUUACCGGAGGCGUGUGUACUUAGGCGUGUGUAUAGAGUUGAAACUACUUUUCCGGUUGGCACUUCCGGCGAUACUUGUCUAUUUAAUCAACGGUGGAAUGGGUAUUUCCGCUCGUAUCUUCGCCGGACAUAUCGGCAGUAACCAACUCGCCGCCGCGUCCAUCGGAAACAGCUGCUUUAGUCUCGUUUAUGCCCUCAUGUUGGGCAUGGGUAGUGCUGUCGAGACACUAUGUGGACAAGCCUAUGGAGCCCAUCGAUACGAGAUGCUUGGGAUCUAUCUCCAAAGAGCAACCAUUGUCCUUGCUCUAGUUGGCUUACCUAUGACAAUACUAUACACCUUCUCGUACCCGAUUCUUCUCCUCUUAGGCGAGCCCAAAACGGUAUCAUACAUGGGAUCUUUAUACAUCGCCGGACUCAUCCCUCAAAUCUUCGCUUACGCCGUCUACUUCACGGCCCAAAAGUUCCUCCAGGCCCAAAGCGUGGUGGCUCCCAGCGCGUACAUCUCAGCCGCCGCACUCCUCCUCCAGAUAUCGCUGACGUGGAUCACCGUUUACGUAAUGGGCCAAGGCCUCAUGGGUAUAUCUUAUGUUCUUACUAUCUCUUGGUGGGUCAUUGUUGGAGCCCAAACGUCUUACAUUAUAGUUAGCGUAAGGUUUAAAGACACUUGGACUGGUGUUAGCUGGAAAUCUCUCCAUGGUCUUUGGAGCUUCUUUAAACUGUCUGCUGGCUCUGCUGUAAUGAUCUGUUUGGAAUUGUGGUAUACACAGAUUCUGGUUCUCCUCGCCGGUUUGCUAAAAGAUCCUGCACUCUCUCUAGAUUCUCUAUCUAUAUGUAUGUCAAUUUCAGCAUUAUCAUUCAUGGUCUCCGUCGGCUUUAAUGCAGCUGUAAGUGUACGUACAAGUAAUGAGCUUGGAGCAGGAAAUCCGAAAUCGGUGUUGUUCUCUACAUGGACAGCAACUUUUGUUUCCUUCGUGAUCUCCGUCGUGGAGGCACUUGUCGUGAUUGCUUCACGUGAUAACGUCAGCUACAUUUUCACGUCAGAUGCUGACGUGGCUAAAGCCGUCUCUGAUCUCUGCCCUUUUCUCGCCGUCACCAUCAUUCUCAACGGAAUCCAACCAGUCUUGUCCGGAGUGGCAGUGGGAUGUGGAUGGCAAACAUACGUGGCAUAUGUGAACGUUGGUUGUUACUAUGUUGUUGGUAUUCCUGUUGGAUGUAUUCUCGGCUUCACUUUCAAUUUUCAAGCCAAGGGAAUAUGGACCGGGAUGAUUGGAGGCACCCUCAUGCAAACACUCAUCUUACUUUACGUCACGUAUCGAGCAGAUUGGGAUAAAGAGGUGGAAAAAGCGAGAAAGCGAUUGGAUAUGUGGGACGACAAGGAACGGCCUCUUCGGAAUUAGGUAAGGGUUUCAUCAGCCACUUUCGCCAAUGCAAAGCUUGUAACUUUGAGAAACAACGCUGUUAAUUUGCACAUAGAUUACUAUUCCAUGGCCGGUACUCGCCACCAUGACGAAAGCCCUUUAAAACCCAACAAGAAGCAGAAGGGAAGCCGCAAUCCAGAAAAGAGUCUCCUUAUCAAUCUUCAUUCCUGUUCCAAGAGAAAGGACCUCUCAGCUGCGUUGGCUCUUUAUGAUGCAGCUAUCACUUCCAGUGACAUCCGCCUCAGCCAGCAACACUUCCAAUCUCUUCUUUAUCUCUGCUCCGCGUUCAUUAGUGACCCAUCUCUUCAAACCCUUGCCAUUGACCGUGGCUUUCAAAUUUUUGACCGUAUGACCUUGUUGCCUGUUGGUGGUGUAUCGGUCCCUCGUCUGAGAACUUAUGCUCCGGCUUUGCUCUGUUUCUGUGAGAGUUUGGAGGCUGAUAAGGGUUAUGAAGUGGAAGAUCACAUGGAUGCUUCAGGUAUUAUGUUAGAGGAGGCAGAGAUCUCUGCUUUGCUGAAGGAAUGGUUUUAUGGAGUGAAAGCUAGCGAAGUUUGUGAUAAUGGGAUUGGUUCUAAUAUUGAGCUGCUUAGAGCAGCUGUUUUGAAGAAUGGGGGUGGGUGGCAUGGUCUUGGGUGGGUUGGGGAAGGCAAAUGGAUUGUGAAGAUAGGUAAUGUUAGCCCAGCCGGGAAAUGUUUGAGCUGUAGUGAGCAUUUGGCUUGUGUUGAUACCAAUGAGGUAGACACUGAAAAUUUUGUGAAUUCUUUGGUGGCUUUGGCUAUGGAGAGGAAGGCGAAGAUGAAUUCAUGCGAGCCUAUGGCAGAUUUCAGCGAGUUUCAGGAGUGGCUUGAAAAGCAUGGAGACUACGAAGCUAUACUAGAUGGAGCAAAUAUUGGGCUUUACCAACAAAAUUUUACAGAUGGUGGCUUCAGUCUACCACAGCUUGAAGCUGUAGUGAAGGAACUUUACAAUAAAAGUGGUAACAAAAAACAGCCGCUAAUUCUCUUGCACAAGAAACGGGUCAAUGCACUUUUAGGAAACCCGAAUCACCGGAAUCUGGUGGAGGAAUGGAUUAAUAACAAUGUCCUAUACGCAACCCCACCAGGUUCCAAUGAUGAUUGGUAUUGGCUUUAUGCUGCUGCUAAACUCAAGUGUUUGCUUGUGACUAAUGAUGAGAUGAGAGAUCACAUUUUUGAACUAUUAAGUAACAGUUUUUUCCAAAAAUGGAAAGAAAGACAUCAAGUUCGGUUUACCUUUGUAAAAGGUUGUCUCAAGCUUGAAAUGCCAUCUCCUUUUUCGGUUGUGAUCCAGGAAUCGGAGAAAGGAUCAUGGCAUGUUCCAAUCACGAAUCAAGACAAUGAGGAAUCUUCAAGAAGUUGGAUAAGGAUGAAUCAGCAGAAUCAAGACACCAUGAACUCACCUCCUCCUACUGCUAAUGAUGGCUUGGCGAAGCGAAAAAGAGGCCGACCACGCAAAGAUGAAAACUCAACUCCAAAACCGGACACCAAUUUGGUAGGUAAGGCGGUUACUGGUGUAGUCGAAGGAUCUUUCGACGCAGGCUAUCUCCUUAAUGUUAAGGUUAAAGACAGUGACACCAAACUCAGAGGUCUCGUGUUCAUACCGGGCAAAGUCAAUCCGAUCACUCCAGAAAACGAUGUGGCUCCUCUUGUUAAAAUGUACGAAAGAGAAGAUAUCAAGACCAACCAAGCUGAUCAUUCUUUCCCUACUGAUCAACCAUUGAAAGAUGCUGACACUACUGACCAACCAAUGAAAGAUGCUGACACUACUGAUCAACCAAUGAAAGAUGCUGCUGUCACUACUGACUUGGAUAUUUUUGAAUCCACUCGAGCUUUGGUCCUAGUGCCACAAGCUAGCAAUGGCCAACCGAAAGAAGCUAAGAUGGAGAAAGAUGGAGUCAUUGCACAACAUGCUGACACUCGGUUAGUGGAGUUUUUUCCAACUCCAGGGACAAUGAUGAUGACGACUGCUCAACCAAAUUUUGUCUUGGUACCAAAAGAGACAGAGCAACAGAAAUCUCUUGGUGAGACUCGUGGAUUCGAUCUUAUGGCCAAGGAACCGGUUCGUCAAGGAGGGAAAGUUCCGGAGGAGCUUCAGCUAGAGCUUGGAAACAAGAUAACAUUGAGUGGAGACAAUAACAACAACAACAUCGCAACAACAGAGCCCGAUCCUAAAACCUCUGUGUCGAAGAGUGGCUUUAUUGCGAACUUGCUUGAAGGAGAGGAGAAGAAGGUUGAUAGCAACAUGGAAGAAGAAGUUACUCCAUCAAAUUACAUCGUUUCCAGGUUUGGUGAUCUUGAUCAGAGCUUACUUUUUUCACUCAGAUCUGACUCUUUUGGGGAAGUUUCAAGAAUGGAUUUGCAUUUGAAGAACUUAUUUGGUAGUCCAUUUUUAGAGCUUCAGCUUCUUUAUACAGAAGUGAGCCAUGGAAGAGGCUUAGACCGGGUACAUUUGUUUGGUGUUCGGGUUGGGAAAGACUCAGAUUGGUCGGGAAAGAGACAGCCUUUUCAAUGUGUUCAGUUCAUAGGAGGUGAUGGUGGUGAUAUAGCAAUCUAUAUGUAUAGGUCCAUGAGCUAUGCACUGAAAAUGAUUGAUGAUUCAUGGGAAAUGGCUAGAGUUCCUAAUGUUGAGGUCUUUAGGGUUACUUACGAGCUUGAGUCAUUGAUGCUUCCUUCUAACAAGAGGAUGGUUAAGUCUUUGUCUUUAGAAGUUUCUGGAACUGAUCGGUUUCCUGUCAUCGAUGUUGCAGCGUGCAUGACCUCUGGUGAGCUUCAGUUCAGAAGCCCGACACUUGAAGAGCUUAGGCUUGUGUUUGCUGUGAUGAAAGCUCUUUCUUUGGUUCAUCCUUUGUUGCGUCAAGAGGAGAAGCAAGUCAGGGGAUCGCCAAGGAUGAUAAAGUUUUCGCCUUUUAUCGAAACUGUCGAUGUUCAGUGGCCAUCAGAGAUGGGUAAAGGUCAUGAUUUUGUUGCUGUCACAGUCUCUCAUCCUCCCGGUCAAUCAUAUGAACAGAAGUUUAAGAAAACUGCGAUGGCACGCGAAGAUGAUGAGUUGGAAAUAGUUUCUGGCAUGAUCAAUCUGCGAGUUGGUCAAGGUGCAGAAGUGGGUUUAAGACAGUGCACAAUGUGUGAGAAAGCUGUUAAUAGAGAUGAGUCUGUUUGUUGUAGCCAUUGCCGUGCAACCAUCUACUGUAGUUCAGACUGCGAGAAACAGCAUUGGCGAGAGAUGCACCGGAGUGUUUGUAGUCUCUAUGAAGCUAUGAUGAGUAGAGAAGAAGAGCUCAAGAUAAAGAUCUUCACUUUCUCGUGUUAUGCUGAGAACCCAUGUGAAUGGCUUGGAUCUUUAGGUAUCCAUAAAAAGGGAAUGUGGAGAAGACAAUGCAGUUGCUAUUCUCACCAACCUUUCGGACUCUUACAGUGUUUUUCCACAGAUGCACAAUCUGAAUCAUGGGGAGGGCUAAAGGACGGGGAUUAUCCACAAGAUUUACCGAUUCAGAAUCUGAACAAUGGGCGUUCCCCGGGUAUGAUCCUCAUGUCAGAUUGGUCAGAUUACUAUGAUUUACGAUGUCUACCACGGUCAAGCCCUGUUUCUGACAUUCUCUGUUACCCUUUAACCCUUUACCACAUAUUAACAUCAGUAAGCACCCAUUCCAAGAAUCUGUUGCUGAAAGGGAAAGAAGUGACUGUCCAUUACUUAGGUCCAGAACGAGAACUCGACUGGAUCAAAGCAUUUGCAGAGAUCAAUCACUUGCUUAAUGGUUUAGGAACCGUGCAGAUCAUAAUGAUCGGACCUGAGGUUCCAUCUGACUUAUCUGGUACAACAUCAACCACCUCAACAACAAACAGCAGAGUUAAGGUGAGCUUUGUGAAAGGUUUGUACCAAGACGAGGUAACAUACCUGACUUCACCGGAUAUCGUUGUAGCCUUGAACUGUGACCUGGACAGGCACUCGAGCUGGGCAGGAGCAGUUGAGACAGUGAACAAUAUGGGCAUCCCCGGUUUCUUCACUGAUAAGACAGAAGAAGCUUGUGGAAAUGCAAAGACAGUUUUGCGCAACGCAGGGCUGAAUCUCUCUCAUCCGGUUUCUCCUAACCCUUUCCGUUCACCUGUAAGGUCUUGUGCAAAGUCCAGCAAUCUUCCCUGUUACAGCAACAGCUUCAUCCUCGGGGUGAAUACAUAAAAAGAUUUGUCUAAACGUUGUGAUAAGCAUUAGAAUUAAAGAAAACUUAGCCAU